CGGGGGGUGGUUGGAUUUUUCCCACGGAAGUUUCUAUCCCCGUCCACACCCCGGAUUUUCCCGGGUGCGUUUCCUGGGAAUGUCGGCGUUUCCCGGGGUGGGUGUGUGAGAUUUUUCCCAUGGAAGUUUCUAUCCCGGUCCCACUCCCCGGGGUUUCCCAGGUGCGUUUCCCGGGAAUGUCGGCAUUUCCCGGGGUGGGUGUGUGGAUUUUUCCCACAGAAGUUUCUAUCCCAGUCCCACACCCCGGGGGUGUGUUUCCCGGGAAUAUCGGCGUUUCCUGGGGCAGGGGUUGGAUGUUUCCUACGGAAUUUUCUAUCUCCAUCCCACACCCCGGGGGUGCGUUUCCCGGGAAUGUCAGCGUUUCCUGGGGCAGGGGUUGGAUUUUUCCCACGGAAGUUUCUAUCCCCAUCCCACACCCCGGGGUUUCCCGGGUGCGUUUCCCGGGAAUGUCGGCGUUUCCCAGGGGUGGGUGGGAUUUUUCCCAUGGAAGUUUCUCUCCCGGUCCCACCCCCCGGGGUUUCCCGGAUGCGUUUUCCGGGAAUGUCAGCGUUUCCCAGGGGUGGGUUGGAUUUUUCCCAUGGAAGUUUCUAUCCCUGUCCCACACCCCAGGGGUGCGUUUCCUGCGAAUAUCGGCGUUUCCCGGGUGGCGUGGGAUUUUUCCCAUGGAAGUUUCUAUCCCCGUCUACACCCCGGAUUUUCCUGGGUGCAUUUCCCGGGAAUGUCGGCGUUUCCCGGGGUGGGUGUGUGGAUUUUUCCCACGGAAGUUUCUAUCCCGGUCCCACACCCCGGGGUUUCCCGGGUGCAUUUCCCGGGAAUAUCGGUGUUUCCUGGGGCGGGGGUGUGUGGGAUUUUUCCCAUGGAAGUUUCUAUCCCGGUCCCACACCUCAGGGGUGCAUUUCCCGGGAAUGUCGGUGUUUCCUGGGGCGGGAGUUGAAUUUUUCCCACGGAAGUUUCUAUCCCCGUCCCACACCCCGGGGUUUCCCAGGUGCGUUUCCUGGGAAUAUCAGUGUUUCCUGGGAGUGGGGGUUGGAUUUUUCCCAUGGAAGUUUCUAUCCCAGUCCCACACCCCGGGGGUGCAUUCAACGGGAAUGUUGGCGUUUCCCGGGUGGCGUGGGAUUUUUCCCAUGGAUGUUUCUAUCUCCAUCCCACACCUCAGGGGUGCGUUUCCCGGGAAUGUCGGCGUUUCCCAGGGGUGGGUUGGAUUUUUCCCAUGGAAGUUUCUAUCCUGGUCCCACACCCUGGGGGUGCGUUUCCCGGGAAUGUCGACGUUUCCCGGGGUGGGUGUGUGGAUUUUUCCCACGGAAGUUUCUAUCCCGGUCCCACACACCAGGGGUGCGUUUCCUGGGAAUACCGGCAUUUCCCGGGUGGGGUUGGAUUUUUCCCACGGAAGUUUCUCUCCCGGUCCCACACCCCGGGGCUGUGUUUCCCGGGAAUGUCGGCGUUUCCCAGGGGUGGGUUGGAUUUUUCCCACGGAAGUUCCUAUCCCCGUCUCACACCCCGGGGUUUCGUUUCCCGGGAAUGUCGGCGUUUCCGGGGGUGGGUGUGUGGAUUUUUCCCAUGGAAGUUUCUAUCUCCAUCCCACACCCCGGGGGUGCGUUUCCCGGGAAUAUCGGCGUUUUCCGGGGUGGUGGUGGGAUUUUUCUCAUGGAAGUUUCUAUCCUGGUCCCACACCCCGGGGUUUCCCGGGUGCGUUUCCCGGGAAUGUCGGCGUUUCCCGGGGGUGGGUGUGUGGAUUUUUCCCACGGAAGUUUCUAUCCCCGUCCCACACCCCGGGGGUGCGUUUCCCGGGAAUAUCGGCGUUUCCCGGAGGUGUGUGUGUGGGAUUUUUCCCAUGGAAGUUCCUAUCUCCAUCCCACACCCCGGGGGUGCGUUUCCCGGGAAUAUCGGUGUUUCCUGGGGUGGUGGUGGGAUUUUUCCCACGGAAGUUUCUAUCCCGGUCUCACACCCCGGGGGUGCGUUUCCUGCGAAUAUCGGCGUUUCCCGGAGGUGUGUGUGUGGAUUUUUCCCAUGGAAGUUUCUAUCUCCAUCCCACACCCCGGGGGUGCGUUUCCCGGGAAUGUCGGCGUUUCCCGGAGGUGUGUGUGGAUUUUUCCCAUGGAAGUUUCUAUCCCGGUCCCACACCCCGGAGGUGCGUUUCCCGGGAAUAUCGGCGUUUUCCGGGGUGGUGGGUGGGAUUUUUCCCACGGAAGUUUCCAUCCCGGUCCCACCCCCCGGGGGUGCGUUUCCCGGGAAUAUCGGUGUUUCCCGGGAACGUCGCGUUCCGCGGCGCUGAGCGCUGUCCGUGGCCGUUGCAGCUCGGCUCCGCGCGGCUCGGCGUGUUUCCAGGCCCAGGGCUCGCCGGGGCUCCGGCUGCGGGUGCUGCAGCAGGCGCGCAGCGUGAAGCUGCCCUCCAGCGUGGCGCGCUGGCCGCUGCGGCCCGCGCCCGAGCUGCUGCUGGCCAUGGACGCGCCCAGCAAGGAGCCGGGCGACGAGAAGGUCAGGAUCUCCUAUUUCCGCGAGGCCGGCGGGGUUCCCGUGGGCCGGGCCGUGCUCUACCUCACCUGCGUGGAGGUGUCGCUGGACGCUGACGUCAGCCGCAGCGGGGCCGUGAGCCGGACACUGCUGGACAAGGCCAGCUGGACGUGGGGCCCCGAUGGCCACGGGGCCGUGCUCCUCGUCAACUGCGACCGCGACGACCCCGGCACCCAGGGCCUGGACAGCGAGGACAGCGCCGUGCGCUCCUACAACGACCUGAAGGACAUGUCGCAGCUGGUGCUGCGGACGCGCGGUCCCCGCGCCAUCUUCGCCGCGCACCGCCUGCUGCUGCACGUGGACUUCGGCCACGCCGACAAAAUCCGCGUGUUCUACGGCGGCAGCGGGGCGGAGCUGGAGCAGUUCCGGGCGGUGCUGGGCGGCUCCCGGCUGUCCUACAGCGUGCGGCUGGGCCGCCACUGCCACGAGAGCGUCUUCUACGUGGAGGGCCUGGCCUUUCCCGACGUGUCCUUCUCCGGCCUCGUGUCCCUGCACGUCACCCUGCUGGAGAGCCACCAGCAGGGCCUCCUGGAGUCCCCGAUCUUCACGGACUCCGUGGUUUUCCGCGUGGCUCCCUGGAUCAUGACUCCCAACACGGCGGCGCCGCUGGAAGUCUUCGUCUGCAGCGUGGACGACAACGAGGGGUUCGUGGCGGCCGUGGGCGCGCUGGCGGAGCGGGCGCGGUGCCCGCUGACCGUGUGCCCGGCGCCGCAGAACCGCCAGGACCGCUGGAUCCAGGAUGAGAUGGAGUUCGGCUACGUCCAGGCCCCACACAAGACUUUCCCCGUGGUCUUCGACUCGCCCCGGGACCGCGGCCUGAAGGAUUUUCCCGUCAGGAGCAUCCUGGGCCCCGAUUUCGGCUACGUGGCCCGGCACGCUCCGGAGGGCGCUUCCAGCCUGGAUUCCUUCGGGAAUUUGGAGGUGAGCCCGCCGGUGACGGUGCAGGGCAAGGAGUACCCGCUGGGGCGCAUCCUGGUCGGCAGCAGCUUCCCCAGGCUGGGCGGCCGCAGGAUGGCCAAGGCCGUGCGCCAGUUCCUGGAGGCGCAGGAGGUGCAGGCGCCCGUGGAGCUCUUCUCCGACUGGCUCCACGUCGGGCACGUCGACGAGUUCCUGAGCUUCGUCCCCGCGCCCGACCGCAAGGGAUUCCGGCUGCUCCUGGCCAGCCCCAGCGCCUGCUACCAGCUGCUCCGGGAGAAGCAGGAGGAGGGCUUCGGAGAGGCCGCGAUGUUCCAGGAGCUGGACAGGGACGGGGUGCCCAAGCCCACCAUAAACGAGAUCCUGGCUAACGAGGAGCUCCGCAAGUUCAACGAUUACGCCCAGAGCUGCAUCAGCUGGAACCGGGACAUCCUGAAGCGCUCGCUGGGCCUGGCCGAGCCGGACAUCCUGGACAUCCCGCAGCUCUUCCGGGGCGACGCCGCCUCGGGGGCCGAGGCCUUCUUCCCGGACAUGGAUGUCCCCAGGAUGGUCCCGGGAUGUCUCUGGGAUGUCUCCGGGAUGUCUCCGGGAUGUCUCUGGGAUGUGGGAUGUCCCCAGGAUGUCCCCAGGAUGGUCCCGGGAUGUCUCUGGGAUGUCCCCACGUUGGAAUGUCCCUGGGAUGUCCCCAGGAUGUCCCCAGGAUGGUCCCGGGAUGUCUCUGGGAUGUCUCCAGGAUGUCCCCGGGAUGUCUCUGGGAUAUCUCUGGGAUGUCUCUGGGAUGUCCCAGUGUCGGGAUGUCUCUGGGAUGUCCCCAGGAUGUCUCUGGGAUAUCUCUGGGAUGUCUCUGGGAUGUCCCAGUGUCGGGAUGUCUCUGGGAUGUCCCCAGGAUGUCUCUGGGAUAUCUCUGGGAUGUCUCUGGGAUGUCCCAGUGUCGGGAUGUCUCUGGGAUGUCCCCAGGAUGUCUCUGGGAUGUCUCUGGGAUGUCUCUGGGAUGUCCCAGUGUCGGGAUGUCUCUGGGAUGUCCCCAGGAUGUCUCUGGGAUGUCUCUGGGAUGUCUCUGGGAUGUCCCAGUGUCGGGAUGUCUCUGGGAUGUCCCCAGGAUGUCUCUGGGAUGUCUCUGGGAUGUCUCUGGGAUGUCUCUGGGAUGUCUCUGGGAUGUCUCCAGGAUGUCCCCGGGAUGUCUCUGGGAUAUCUCCGGGAUGUCUCUGGGAUGUCCCCAGGAUGUCUCUGGGAUGUCUCCGGGAUGCCUCUGGGAUGUCCCCAGGAUGUCUCCAGGAUGGUCCCAGGAUGUCUCUGGGAUGUCUCUGGGAUGUCCCCAUGUUGGGAUGUCUCUGGGAUGUCUCCAGGAUGUCUCUGGGAUGUCUCUGGGAUGUCUCUGGGAUGUCUCUGGGAUGUCUCCGGGAUGUCUCUGGGAUGUGGGAUGUCUCCAGGAUGUCUCCAAGAUGUCUCUGGGAUAUCUCUGGGAUGUCUCUGGGAUGUCCCCGUGUUGGGAUGUCUCUGGGAUGUCUCUGGGAUGUCUCCGGGAUGUCUCUGGGAUAUCUCUGGGAUGUCUCUGGGAUAUCUCUGGGUUGUCUCUGGGAUGUCCCCAGGAUGUCUCUGGGAUGUCUCUGGGAUGUCCCAGUGUCGGGAUGUCUCCGGGAUGUCUCCGGGAUGUCCCCGGGAUGUUUCUGGGAUGUCCUCGGGCCGUGCCCGGCGCCGUUCCCGGCUGGAAUCUCGUCUCUCCAGGUGAACAUGCUGGUGCUGGGCCGGCACCUGGGCAUCCCCAAGCCCUUCGGGCCCGUGGUGGGCGGGCGCUGCUGCCUGGAGCAGCGCGUGCGGGAGCUGCUGGAGCCGCUGGGCCUCUCCUGCACCUUCAUCGACGACUUCUUCUCCUACCACGUCCUGUCGGGGGACGUCCACUGCGGCACCAACGUGCGCCGCAAGCCCUUCGCCUUCAAGUGGUGGCACGUGGUGCCCUGAGGCGGCUCCGCGUCCCCUCGGUGUCCCCUCGGUGUCCCCUUGGUGUCCCCUCCGUGUCCUCUCUGUGCCCUCCCAUGUCCCCUCCAUGUCCCCCCGUGUCCCCUCCAUGUCCCCUCCAUGUCUCCCCAUGUCCCCCCCGUGUCCCCCCGUGUCCCCCCGUGUCCCUCCAUGUCCCCUCCAUGUCUCCCCGUGUCCCCUCCAUGUCCCCUCCAUGUCUC